AUGGCUUCGAUUUCUAUUCUGCGCUCUCUGGAAAAUCUGAUAUCCGCGUCCGUCGACAUAAUCGAGGAGCGAGUUCAAAUCCCCGACCUAGAUUCGGCUUACCAUGAAAGCGUGGUUCCGGAUAAUGGACUCAGUGACCCAGCGGUCGCGGACGCGAUUUCUUGUAUUGUUGCCGCGACCGCUCAGCUGGUGGCGACUAUACGUCCUGCUCAUUUGACUCUCAUUUCGACCGCUAUGAUGAUUCACGUUCCCUCGGCGCUUCGAACGGCCACAGACCUUCAUGUUGCGGAGGUAUUGCGAGAUGCUGGCCCUCAGGGACUACAUGUCAGAAAAAUUGCCGCCCUAUGCCGCACAAGCUCUGGGAAGCUAGCACGCAUCCUCCGCCUGCUAGCUUCAGAGCAUAUUUUUCGAGAGGUGUCCCCCGACGUUUUUGCCAACAACCGUAUCUCGUCUUUACUCGACACCAAAAAAUCAGUUGACAGGUUUGCUCAGUCUAAAUGGGACGGUGGUGUCGGCAUAGCCGCCUUCGUCUCAUACACUGGUGGACAUACUCUCAAGUUCACUUCAUAUCUGGCGGAGACAAUGCGAGAUCCAUCGUUUGCGUACUCUGAAGAUCAUAUCAAGGCUCCAUUCAAUUAUACGUUAAAGACUGACUUGCCUUUUUGGCAAUGGUUGGAUCUCCCUGAAAACGAGGUCGAGAGGCGAAAAUUUGGACUUGCGAUGACUUGUGCUCCGAAGACCAGCUUUGAAUGGGGUCUGCUUCCGAAAAAUAGCGUGGUGGUAGAUGUUGGCGGAGGGGUGGGAAUGGCAACUUUGCCUGUGGCGAGAGCGUUUCCAGAUCUAAGGAUAAUCAUACAGGAUCGACCAAAGUUUGUCGAAGAUGCCAGAAAGCUAUGGAAAGAAGAAUUACCCAUCGCUGUGUCCAGUGGCCAUGUCGCUUUUCAAGUGCAUGACUUUUUCGAGCCUCAGCCAAUUCAAGCAGCGGACGUUUAUUUAAUGCGCUGGAUCAUGCAUGAUUGGAACGACCCAUUGUGCAUCAGUAUCUUAAAGCGGUUGCGUGAUGCUGCAGGUCCUGGCACGAAGCUUCUCAUCGUCGAUGCACUCAUGUCUCACGCCUGCCGAGACCCAUUCGCGUAUGACAUCGCCGGUGCAGCAAAGCCUCUGCCGCCAAAGCCACUUCUAGCAAACUUUGGGCAUGCUAGGGUAGGGGAGUAUCUGUUUGAUCUCCAGAUGCUGGUGACGGUGAAUGGCCAGGAGCGGACGAUUCGCCAGUUCUCCGAUAUUCUGCAGGUUGCCGGGUGGGAAAUUGAAGAAGUGAAAAGCGCGGCUGCUACUCAAGCACAUCUCAUUGCUACUCCUGCUGUUGUCUGA